AUGGAGAAUAAACAAUCCUAUACCAAGGCUUCAUUUAGCGUAAAAAGACGAAAAGAGUCCAACCAUUUCGAUGAGCCCAGCGAUAGCGUUUAUGCUCCACGCUCACCCUCAAACAGUCAGAGCAAAAGAAACCCUAUGGAAACCCGAACCCGAAGCCUCGCCGAAGUAAGGGGUCUUCCUAAAGUAAAAACCCCGACAAAAAAUGUGAAAAAUAACAAGCCAACAAUUUCUUGAAGAAACGACAAUAAACAGCUUGACAUUUCAAUAGAAGCAGCUGGGAAACCAAUUAUUUCCCCCAGAAAUAAGUUUAAAAAAGCCUUUAAACAAAACAGUCCAUAUAAAGCCAAUUAUUCCAUGCAGGAAAUACCGGACUUAAAUGAAAGCGAAGUGUUUUCUGAUGUGAAGUCCAUGAAAACAGAAAUUGAUAGGCUAAACAAUACUAUUGGAGGGUCAAGAAUUUUUUUUAAAAAAAUAUUGAAAAUUUUUUAAUUUAUUUUUUAAAAAAAAUCACGUAAUAAUUUUUUUUUUUAAAAAAAAUAAAAUAAAGCCUAUUGAAGCUAUGAAAGGGUUUUACAAGGAAGAGGAAAGGUCUUUGCAUAAGCAAAUAACAGCUUUGCAAAAAGAGCUAGAUUGACUAAAAAAGGAGUAUAGUAAAACUGUCGAAUAUUUAGCCUGUGUUAUUGGAAAGCACAUGGAUAAAGAAACUCCGCAAAUAAUAAAUGACGAAAUAAUAGAGACUUUAAAAGAAAAACAAGAAGCUUUGAAGCUUAAUUUAGAGGCUGCAAUAAAUUCAGUCUCUUCAUUUAAGGCUAAUGACAAGCUAUACCUUUAUAUGUGAAUGCUUUUUAUUUUAUUUUUAAAUAAUGAGCUUGAAUUAUUUAUUAUAGAAAUUAUAAAGCUUGAUAUUCUGAACGUCCCCAACAAUUUUGAAAAUCAUCCAAACCUGCCAAGCACAGGGCGAUUUCAAGGUGUCGCAAUGAGGUUCAGCGAGUCUGAGUAUUAUCUAUUCUAUUAAUAUAUAAUUUAUUACACGCCACUACUGCUGCAGAUAAGGGGCGUUAAUACCACCCUUACUCGUCCAGCUCAUGUCGUCACAGGCUAUCUUGAGCGGGUGCUCAAGCUUUCCAUCUUGACUUUAAUUGCCAGACGUAGAUAGCCUUGGGGUCUCGUUGGCCAUGUUGUUACUUGACUCCUAAAAGCGUUCCACCUAAGGAUCUCUCCCUCCUUCGAAAUAUCAAAUGGUAUUAACCCUAUGCCUCUAAAACCCAAGGAUCAGGUUGCACUCUCCCCGUCGUCUGGUUAAAUGCUUAUGUUAAAACCAAACUACAUUAUAAUAAAAUAGCGUGAAGAUGGAAAGUUCUCUAUAAAAACUUUUUUCGACGACAUCACUUUAUUAUUCAUCAGCAAGUCUGAGUCCGAAACAGAAAAUUCCCCAAAGAUCGAAUGCAUUGCUUUAUACGAUUUUUAUGCAAGAGAUCCUGGACAUUUAGAGUUUAAAGCAGGAGACAGAAUUAUAGUAAAAUCAAAAUUGGAUGAUGAAUGAUGGAUAGGGACAAAUAAAGAGAAAACUGGAAAAUUCCCAAGCAGCUACGUUAUGCUAGAUUAG